AAAAAUUGUCAUCUUAAAUCCGAUCUUACCCCCUUAGGUUUUUGGCUGUGAUUGUACGCAUCCGCUCCUCCAACGGUCCAAUCCAAAUCUCUUCCUUCCCCCACCUAAACCUUUUAUUUUUCUUAUUAUUUUCUCUCUCUAUACUAUACACCCACUUUCUUUUCUUGUAUUUCUCCUCUCAAUUUCACCAUUUCUGGAUCUUCACAAAGCUUAUUUGUAAAUUACAUACAUGCCCUUAUGGACCCAUCCAUGGAUCUACCGACGACCACCGAACCACCGACGUUUAAUUCAGCUCAAGUUGUAAACCAUGCUCCUACCCCUACCCCUACCUCUCCUCAACCCCCUCCCCCUGCCCCUUUCUUUUCGCCUACCCACCCGCCUUAUGCUGAGAUGAUAACGGCGGCGAUAACGGCGUUAAAGGAGAGGGAUGGGUCAAGCAGGAUAGCCAUAGCUAAGUAUAUAGAUCGAGUCUACACAAAUCUUCCACCGAAUCACUCAGCCUUGUUGACUCACCAUCUUAAGCGUUUGAAGAACAGUGGCUACCUUGCUAUGGUUAAACACUCUUACAUGCUUGCCGGACCACCUGGAUCUGCUCCUCCUCCUCCUCCUCCUCCCGCCGACGUUGAUUCCAACGGUGUUGGUACUGAUGUUUCUUCUCUUACUAAAAGGAAACCUGGUCGUCCUCCUAAGCUCAAACCCGAGGCCCAACCUCAAGUCCAAGCUCAAGUCCAGUUUCAAGACCAAUUCCAAGCCCAGCUUCAAGCCCAGCUUCAAGCCCAACUUCAAGCCCAACAGCAGCAAGCAGCCCAGUUUCAACCUCAAUUCCAAACCCAGCCUCAAUUCAUCCAACAACAGCCCCAGUACUUACCUCAACAACAGUUCCAGCCCGACCCGUUACUCCAACCUCAGCAACAGUUCCAGACCCAGCCACAGACGCAGGCCUAUGCUGCUACUGAAGCCCAAAAUUAUGCGGGCCUUGGUGCCGAAUCCGUGUUUGUUUCUCUUGGGCUAGCUGAUGGGCCGGUUGGAGUUCAGAAUCCUGCUGUUGGGCUAGCUCCGGCACCGGGAGCUGAAGAGAGUACGACGAAGAGACGACCAGGUCGUCCCCGUAAGGAUGGCUCCAGUGUAGUUAAAUCCGUGGAACCCAAAUUACCGGACCAGAGCGGUGGUACUAAGAGGAGACCUGGUCGUCCUCCUAAGAGUACGACAGUUGAUGCUGCUGCUCCUGGAUCAGCUAUGGGCACUGGACGACGAGGUCGGCCCAGGAAAAAUUCUGCUCCUGGACGACGAGGUCGGCCCAGGAAGAAUGCGGCUGUUGCUGCUGCCAAUGACGGUGGCAAUGUCGCAAAUAUUCCUUCUGUUGGUGCCAAUGUGACCAAUGUUCCAGUUGGUGGUGUCCCGAGUGGAGCCAUUCCGACACCUAAACGACGGGGACGGCCACCAAGGUCUAGUGGACCUCCUACUGCUACUGUGGGUGUUACAGAUGUGCCUAUUGCUGCUGCUUUUGAAACCCAAAACUUGCCUAAUGCUGUUGGUGGUGGCGUCACAAAUAAUGGGGCUAUGCCUCCCCUCGGAAAGCGGCGUGGACGGCCUCCAAAAUCUUACAGCGCUACAGCCGCUGCUCCUACUGUUAAGAGACCCAGGAAGCUUUCUGGAAAACCUCUGGGUCGACCUAGAAAGAAUGUGACAUCCCCUGCAGUUUCGGACCCCAAGUUGGUGGUGGCCUAUGAAGAACUAAAGGGCAGACUUGAACACAUGCAAUCAAGAAUCAAGGAAGCAGCAAACGCUCUGAAGCCAUGCUUAAAUGCUGAAUCGCCAGCAAUUGCUCUGGCAGCAUUGCAAGAGUUAGAAGAGUUAGCAGCAGCAGGGGGGAAUCCAGUGCAGCAAAAUUGAUAAAAGAAGUUGUCGCAGAGAUUAGGAAUAUGGAGGCAAUGCUUAAACUCAGGUGAACAUUAUUUAAGGCUGGAAACCAUGAAAAUCAAGGAAGUUUCAGUGCGGAGCUAGUUGUUGGUGACAGGACGAAGAUGCGCUUAGACUUGGAGGCAGGGUAGCUACCUCUAAGGACUGUAUUUGUUAAUGUCAAUUUGUUAGGUUAAAGCAGGAUUUGAAAUUCCGUUGCACAGUAUGCAGUAUGUUUUAGUUCUAACUGUAUCUGUAGUUGAUUUCGUCAUUUGAUAAGUACCUUAUUCUGCUAAUUUGGUUAAUGACAAUUAAGGGAGACAAAGUCAUGCUCGCGGGCUAUAUGUACUGUUGAGUACGUUGAAUUGAAUGGAUAGAAAUGCCUUUGCUAGAUA